AAAAAAAAAAAAAAAAAAAUGACCAACAGGUGGAGACUAACAGUGAAAUGCUUCAUGACCAACAGGUGGAGACUAACAGUGAAAUGCUUCAUGAGCAACAGGUGGAGACUAACAGUGAAAUGCUUCAUGACCAACAGGUGGAGACUAACAGUGAAAUGCUUCAUGAACAACAGGUGGAGACUAACAGUGAAAUGCUUCAUGACCAACAGGUGGAGACUAACAGUGAAAUGCUUCAUGACCAACAGGUGGAGACUAACAGUGAAAUGCUUCAUGACCAACAGGUGGAGACUAACAGUGAAAUGCUUCAUGACCAACAGGUGGAGACUAACAGUGAAAUGCUUCAUGAACAACAGGUGGAGACUAACAGUGAAAUGCUUCAUGACCAACAGGUGGAGACUAACAGUGAAAUGCUUCAUGACCAACAGGUGGAGACUAACAGUGAAAUGCUUCAUGACCAACAGGUGGAGACUAACAGUGAAAUGCUUCAUGACCAACAGGUGGAGACUAACAGUGAAAUGCUUCAUGAGCAACAGGUGGAGACUAACAGUGAAAUGCUUCAUGAGCAACAGGUGGAGACUAACAGUGAAAUGCUUCAUGAGCAACAGGUGGAGACUAACAGUGAAAUGCUUCAUGAACAACAGGUGGAGACUAACAGUGAAAUGCUUCAUGACCAACAGGUGGAGACUAACAGUGAAAUGCUUCAUGACCAACAGGUGGAGACUAACAGUGAAAUGCUUCAUGAACAACAGGUGGAGACUAACAGUGAAAUGCUUCAUGACCAACAGGUGGAGACUAACAGUGAAAUGCUUCAUGACCAACAGGUGGAGACUAACAGUGAAAUGCUUCAUGACCAACAGGUGGAGACUAACAGUGAAAUGCUUCAUGACCAACAGGUGGAGACUAACAGUGAAAUGCUUCAUGACCAACAGGUGGAGACUAACAGUGAAAUGCUUCAUAAACAACAGGUGGAGACUAACAGACUGUCAAACUGACCUGUAACUCUGUGUUUCAGAUGUAGAUGGGACACCACUGGGCUCAGUGGAGAGGUGUCUAGGAGACAGCCUGGUCCUGCUGGUCCAGCAGACUGUCGGUAAAGAGACCAUCUGGCUGCUCCCUCAGGCCCAGUGGGAGGCAGGGGAGACUCUCCGACAGACAGCAGAGAGAGGCCUCAGCAGCCUGCCAGAGGCUGAUUUCAAGGCUACGUUCCUUGGCAACACCCCCUGUGGAGUGUACAGGUACACAUUCCCCAAAGAGGUCCGGACAGAGCGCUGCGUGGGAGCCAAGGUCUUCUUUUUCAAAGCUCUCCUGUCCGCUGGUUCAGCCAAUCAGAAAG